AUGGCAACAUCACCCUCCGACGGCUCAUUGUCAAUGACCGCUUCCGCAUCUUCUACAGGCUCACAUUCCGAUGCAGAAAUGCUCUCACCAACGCCGUCAACACCCAUGACCCCUCAAUCGAUUCUGGACGCCGAAGAACAAUCAAGGACAUACUUCCCUCCACCUCCGGCCAAUCUCAACAACCGCCCAGCUUUCUCUGCCGCUUCUCUGGCUGUGAAGUUGCAAUGCUACUUGUGUUCCUAUAAUUCUUUGUCUAGAGAUGCCAUAAGAGGACAUAUCAAAAGACAGCACCCGGAAGUAGAUCCGCAAGUCGCAAUGUCAUGGAUUGUGCAUGGAGAGGGUCCGGCAGGAGACGAUGGUGCGCAUCGGCGGAUGGUAGGGAUGACCAAGGAUAAGUCAUUAUGGCUGGUGUGUCCUCUGUGUGGGAUGCGGACGGAGAGGGAGGCGAACAUGUAUCAGCAUUUGUGGAGGAACCAUAAAGACGAGAAGAAGCCAAGGAUGCCGCUGUUGGAAGAGAUUAAGAAUGAGCGGGAGGAGAGAGUCAAAAAGGCAGAGAGAGAAGCGGGUAUAAUCAAAAAGGGACUCGAGGAGGAUGAAGGUAAGGUUAAGGUAAAGAUCGAAGAACAGGAGGAGGAGGAGGGUAUUAUGGAUUUAGAUUGA